UAUUAUGUAUUAACACAGUAGAAUACUAUAUGAGUGAGUAUAUGAGCACUUUCCAAAAAAGCAAUUGCUUCAGUAAACUAACUGCCAUGGCUGAUGCAUUCCUGAGCAGCCCUCCGGUCAACAAAAACAACCAAUUUUCCGAGCGAUGGAUGAUCACUUCAGCAAUCAUCGUAAUAAUACUGGUCGGAAUUUUGCACUCUGUAUCGAAAUUGGUCAAAAGGUUGAAAUCACAAGGCGCAACGGCUGCUUCUCUGCCUCCGGGGCCUCGCGGCUUGCCGAUUGUUGGGUACAUCCCAUUUCUCAUGUACAACGGGAGGAAAAUUCCAAUCCACCGACAGUUCAACGACCUCGCGGCCCAAUACGGGCCCAUCUUCAAGAUCUGGGUCGGCGGCCAACUCCACGUCGUGAUCAGCUCGCCGGCCCUGGCGAAACAAGUCCUUCGAGACGACGAAUCGAACUUCUCGGGCCGCGACCUCCCGCUAGCCAUCCGGGCUUGCACCUACGGCGGGCUGGACCUCGCCGGCCUGCCGAUGGGCCGAGACUGGAACUUCAUGAAGAAAGUGGUGCUUAGGGAAGUGCUCAGCAACCCGAGCUUGGACCGCUGUUACGAACUGAGACGUAGCGUGGUGGUGAAGGCACUCAGGGAAGUCAGGAGCGGCCAGCCGGUUGGCGUGUUGGAACUGGCGCAUAAGAUGGUUGCCAAUGCGACGAUGGCCAUGACGUGGGGAGGAAGUGAUCAUGGUGACGUCGUUGACAAGGACAAGACUCGACGAUUGGGUGACGAGAUGAUGACGCUAAUGGAGCAGCCCAACGUCUCCGACGCGUUCCCACUUCUUGCGAGGUUUGAUCUUCAAGGGAUCGGGAGGAAAGCGGCGGAGGCGGCUGGACGUUUCGACCGGAUCAUUACCUCCGUGAUUCAGAAACGUUUCGAUGGGGAAGGGUCGUUAAUAAUUACGGAGGAGGGUAAAGAGAAGAAGGAUCUGUUGCAGGUUUUGCUGGAGACUAGGGAAAGAUCUGGCGCGGGAUCGUCGUUGGCGUCCAUGAACCAAUUCAAAGCCCUCCUUCUGGACAUUACACCGGGUGGGGCGGGGAACAUAGCAACGGUAAUCGAGUGGGCGAUGACGGAGCUGGUGAAGUGCGACAAGGCAAUGACAAACGUGAAGAGGGAGCUAGACGACGUCGUAGGGCUGGAAAGCCUAGUUGAAGACCACCAUUUGAAGAAGCUGAACUACCUGGAUGCCGUGGUGAAGGAGACGUUCCGGCUGUACCAGGUUAUCAUCCAACGGCAAGCGCUCCAGCCGUGUACCAUCGGCGGGUACGAUAUUCCGAAAAAGGCGAAAGUGAUGGUCAACGCUUGGGCCAUCCACAUGGAUCCACGGCUGUGGGAGGUGCCUACGGAGUUCCGGCCGGAGAGGUUUCUGGAGAGUGGGAACGGGAUGAUGCCUUUUGAUUUCCAGGGCAGCAACAGCCAUUUCGUGUAUAUACCAUUCGGGUCUGGGCGGCGGAUAUGUGCCGGAAUUAAUUUGGCUACGAGGAUGCUCAAGUACGUGCUGGCUUCCCUGCUGCAUUCGUUCGACUGGAAGCUCCCGGCCGGCGAAGGAGGGUCGACGGUGGAUGUUUCGGAUGAGUUCACGUUGAUCAUCAAGAAGAAGAAGCCACUGACUAUUGUGCCCACGCCUCGGCUCUCUUGUCCGGAUCUGCAGGCCUAAUUCAUCCGUACGUGUAUCACUCAGUAAUCUGAAUGACGGGAUGUUUGUUGUUUAUCUUUAUGUUGUAAGUUGUCACUUUGUCAAUUCAAUAAAAUCCUACCAUCGGAGCAAUGCAGUAAAAAAAUUAGCUUUAAAAGUUAAAAGUCUAAGCUUUUGUGUUUUAACGCCACUUAUGUGGUACCGAGACGAGACGACAUUGGUACUUGCAUAUUUUUAGUUGUCAGAUAUAUUAUAGUAAAUCACGGUCUUUCGAUUUUAACUCUUUUUUUAUUUGAUUUUUAGUUUUAUGUAAUUUAUUUAUUAUUUAAUCAAAUUUUGGACCAGUAAUUUAAACCAAACCGAUCGGAUUCAUUGACGGCACUGGUGCCGUUGCGGUACCACCAAAUUUCCCAUGUUUUAAAUUAAAAAUGCGACACGAAGAAAGGCAUUCUGCGCAAGAAUCUGCUUCAUAUAGGAAACAACAAAUGUGCCGAUUGGGUCGCCAAGGAAACAAGGAGCGGCUCCCUCCCUCUUGAGUGGAUUCAUCUUCUUGAUUUGAUCUCUCCUCUCUUGUAAUAGGCCAAGCUUGUACCACAAUCGUUCAGGAAUGAAAUUUAACCAAUUGU